AAUCUUAGAAUGAAGGUUCAAGCAAACAAGGUAACAAUCAUUCUUCUCGAUACCAAUGAUCUCCGUGAAUUAGCUCAUUCGAUGAAUGAUCCAGAUAUAUUUAAAGUAAAAGUUGGAGCUGCGGUGGCAAAAAUUAUUGCUGACAAAUAA